UCUGCCGGUGCCUCCGAAAAGCGACGAGCAGAAGAUGAUAGAGAGGGGAAUGGAGAGCUGCGCCUUCAAGUCGGUCCUGGCCUGUGUAGGAGGGUUUGUCCUCGGAGGAGCUUUUGGUGUGUUCACAGCUGGUAUCGACACCAAUGUCGGCUUCGACCCCAAAGACCCGCUGAGGACCCCGACGGCCCGAGAAGUCCUUAAAGACAUGGGCCAGAGGGGCAUGUCGUACGCCAAGAACUUUGCUAUUGUGGGCGCCAUGUUUUCCUGCACUGAGUGCAUCAUUGAAUCACACAGAGGAAAAUCUGACUGGAAGAACGCGGUGUACAGUGGCUGUGUGACCGGAGGAGCCAUAGGCCUUCGCGCUGGUCUCAAAGCCGGAGUCCUCGGAUGCGGAGGAUUUGCUGCGUUCUCUGCUGCCAUCGAAUAUUACUUGCGAUGAGACGAGAGGCUUUACGGACAAGAACUUGUUUUCUAUGUGGACUCGCUGCGAGGAAGCCGGGGUACAGAGAGGAACGUCGACGAACGUUGGCUUCAGGGACUCUGCUGGGACCAGAACAGCGCUUGCAGGGGAUGUUCCUGCAUCUCCAGUCACAGAAUGUCAUGGGCAGAGAAACUUCUGCACCCGGGUCCUGAUACCGAGGCCCAGAAACCAGUUUGGUUACAGGCUCGUUAUCUAAAUUGACAGAAUGUAAUCAAGUAGGAUUAUUUAUAUAAAGUUGUUUUUUUUCAAGCGGUUCCUUCACUCAGUAAUUUUAACAAGCAGAAGUAUUCUAGUGUCAAGUUUCCUGACUUGGGGAAUUUUCUGAAACAUGCUAUGCCUCUUUCUUUGUCAGUCUGUGUGUUCAAUAUGACGGCACUUUGGGUUGUUGCCAGUAUCAUUGUGCUUCCGAUUAUGAAUUAAAGGAGAUAAGAGGA